AUGGAUGACACUAUCUUUAUCUAUCAAAGCAAGUAUGCUAAGAGUAUAGUAAAUAAGUUUGGCAUGGAAAAUGCUAGUCAUAAAAGAACACCUGCACCAACCCAUUUGAAAUUGACUAAAGAUGAAAAAGGUGUAAAUAUGGAUCAAAGUCUCUAUAGGAGUAUGAUUGGUAGUUUGUUGUAUCUAACAGCUAGAAGACUUGACAUUACAUUUGUUGUAGGAGUAUGUGCAAGGUAUCAAUCUGAACCCAAAAUGAGUCAUAUCACUCAAGUAAAAAGGAUCCUAAAGUAUAUCAAUGGAACUAGUGACUAUGGAAUAUUGUACUCUGAUAAUGCAAAUCCCUUGCUUAUAGGAUACUGUGAUGCGAAUUGGGCAGACACUGUUGAUGAUAUAAAUAACACUUCUGGGGGAUGUUUCUUCUUAGGAAAUAAUCUUAUAUCUUGGUUCAGAAAUAAGAAAAAUAGUGUGUCUUUAUCUAUGGUUGAGGCUGAAUACAUUGCAGCAGGAAGCAAAUAUUCUCAAUUAAUUUGGAUGAAACAAAUGUUAGAAGAAUACAAUGUCCAGUUGUCAUAA